CAAUAAUAUAUCAGGCUAUUCGAAUCCAGAGUUGAAUAUGAUAAGUAAAGACAUAGCGGAACUUGUACGUGAAAGACAAAGUAUGGAACAGGAUAUUGCGCAAAAGGAAGCCGAUAUUAAGAUAAAGAAUGGAGAAAUCAAAAGUCUUCAAAGUGAAUUGGAUACGCUUGCGGCAACAUUGAAGCAACUUGGAAAUCAGAAGGGUGAGGCACAGAAGAGAUUGAACGACUUAAAAGCCCAGGUCGAUAAACUUCGCCAACAAGCUGAAGAACAAGAAUCAGUGCUGCGGAGUCAAGAAGAAGAGUUGAACUUCAAGAGACAAGAACUCGAAGGACUGCGACAAGAGGAGCAGCAAUUAGAGCAGCAACAGAAUAAAAAUAGGGACCAGCUAAAUGAGUUGACGAAGAAAUUACAAAAUACUCAGUUAGAAAUCUGUCAAGCGAAGGCUAAAAUUACUCAUUUACAAGAACAGCAGCGUCAGAUGAGUGAUACAAUUGCACUUUAUGAUUCUGCACUCGCUGCAGGAGACGUCAAUCUUGUACCUGAUACUAGUCUACAGUUCAUACCCGAGAUUGAAGAUAUAGAAUAUGAAACAACUAAAAGUGAAGGUGAAACGAAUGAAAUGAAAACAGAUAUAACUAGCACUUUAAACGGAUUUGGGGAUCAAGAUCCUUUUGCAUUGAAUAAAGCCAAAGAAACAUUUAACGCACCGAUAUCCGAUCCGUUUGGAAGCGCGUUUUCUGCGCAGCAAUCUAAUAAUUUUACAGCAGAUCCUUUUACUGCGUUCGAUAAUACCAAUAUGAUGGUAAAGCAAGAUCCUUUUGAUCCAUUUGGUAAUGGAAAGCGAGCUGAGAAUAAAACAUCUACAACUACAUUGAACGCAAAAGAUCCGUUUGGAGAAGAUCCAUUUGCCAAUCUUCAUGCUCCUCCUCGUCCCGAGAGCCCUAGUCCCGCUCUUCCGCCAAAGAAAGCAAAGCAACCACCGCCACGUCCAGCUCCACCUCGACCGAGUCAAGGUCCUACUGGGCCAUUGAGAGCAGCACCUGCACCUCCAACGCCUUCACCAACUCCAGAUCCAUUUGUGAAUGCAAAUUCAGAUCCAUUUAGCGCUCAACAAACAAUCGAUAACAAUAAUAGUUUUACAUCUUCCGGAUUCGCCGACUUUACCAAUUUUGAUUCUAAGCCAGAACCGACGGCUAAUCAAUCGACUCCACCAAGAGCAACGAGUAAAAUCCACGUAACAAUGGCAAAGCUGUCGGACUUUACGGAGGAUCCUUUUCGAGACUACCGUUAUGAAGAUCCUUUCAAUAUAACGGACCCAUUCGCCGAUGAGAUGACAGAGGACUUGAACGCGAACGAGAACAAAGGGACGAACAAAACAGAUCCUUUUGGUUUUGAGUCGAUUUCUGCAUUUUCGAGUAAGAAUACUUCAGCUAAAAUUUUCGAUAAUAAUUUCUCUAAUACUUUUCCGCUCGCUAAAGCAAAAGCCGAGAAGAACAAUGUAAGCGAUACGAGUAGCGCAAGCAAGUUCGACGUCGAUUUUGGAAAAGCGUUUUCCAUUGAUAAUAAGAAUAUUCAGGAUAUUGAUUUUUCUCAAGCAUUUGCUAAUGUCAAAUCAAGAAUGAUCAAUCUUGACGAAGCGUUUUCAACUAAAGACGCAAAGACCAUCGCAAGGCACGAGUUAAAUAUAAUGCGCAUUUCAAAGUCUAAUAUCACUUACAACGAUGACAAAUUUACGAACAAUUUCGGAAAGAUAUGGAGCGGUAAUAACGUAACUAAUUUAUCGGAGGAGGAGCAACUGGCGUGGGCAGAAAAGCAGAGUAUAAAAGCAGAAGAAGAGAGGCUCAGGCGUAAAGAAAAGGAAGACGCCGAACUAGCUCUCGCUCUCGAACUAAGUAAACAGGGGAAAUCGGAAAAUGUUUAACCUUUAAUGAAUAAUAUUAUCUCUUUUUUUUAUUGAUAUUAUCGUUAACUUGUUAAAUUGUAUGAAAAAGUUUUGUAUUUCAUAAUAAAUGACAUUGUGCAAGUUUACAUUAUUAUGCAUUAGCAUAAUCACGUAUAGAAGCGAAAUGUAGACACAAGUUAUCAGAUUGACAAUAAUAUCGGGUAAACAGAUAUUAAAGAAUAUACUCGAAUGAAAAAGAGAAGUUAUCAUGAAUGUUAUUAUAUGUAGACAGAUGAUUUUCGGUUGAGUGUAACUUUGAAAUGUCACAUAUCUCUCAAUAUUUUUCAAAUUGUUUGGAAAAAUUUAUAAAAAGGAGACUUAUUUUUUCAUAUCUUUAUUUUUUUUUCUUGGUCAUAAUGAUCGACUAUUUGCACAUGAUUAAACGAUCCGAGGGUGUUACACGACUUUUCUGAGUUACAAUUAUAAAUGUACGAAUGAUAAUAAAAAUAAAUAUGAAAAGUUCAAGUUGUAAAAGUUAUUCGAUUAAAGCACACAAUAAUAUAGCAUCGUUAAAAGUAUCAUUAUUAAUAUAUAAAUGCCUAUAUAGUAAUCGAAUAUUACAAGAUUUCGAAUAUUAUGAUAUUUGUCAUUGUUAAUUCGGCAUACGAAAAUCUAAGUCAUGAAGUUUACUUCGCGCCAGCCUUUAAUAACUUCAUGUAAGAGAGAGAAAAGAAAGAUAUGUAUACACACACACACACACACACACAC